GUUUAGGUAUAUCCAUUUCACGUUGCACAAAAUAAGACGAACUAUGGUAUUUACUUAUUAGUAAUUUUAAAUAGCAGUGAAGAAACCCUUAAUGGUGUAAAACAAUGAAUUACAAGGCAUUUUGGCUCACGAUGUCGGUUUUUCUUUUUUACCAAGAUCUAGCAGUUGUAGCUACUACUCUGAACAGAAACAUUAAAUUAGAAGAACAAGAAGAGGAAUUAGAAGAUACAACAGGAAAAAGUUGUGAAAAAUGGGAAGAAUACGAUGGUGUUCAGUGUGUUUGCACACGGUCAAGUGGUAACCACUCACGCUGUGAUGGGGAGACUGGAAUGGUUUGUGAUGACCAAGGGGGACAAUAUCAGUCGAUUUGUCACUUUUCUGACAGAAUGUGCCAUGGACUUAUUUCCUAUACAAAAGAAAUCAAAUCUUGCGGACAUUGUAAGUGGUUGAUGUUGACCUACAGUGAACCCAGAGUCCCGUCUCAGUCUGUUUUGUAUCGAAGAAAUGGAGAAAGCAAAGGAUACGACACGUACUACAAUUCUCUGGAAGGCAAUUCAAAAAUAUUCUUUGAAAAGGAAUUGAAUGCCUGGGUUAUAGGCAUUAAAAAUAAGACGGGUUCCUUUGUGUCCUUGGUUCAAGAGGGAAAAGCAAUGUUUCCUCAAGAUAAUGCUGGGGGAAUGAUGGUUGUAAACCAAACGGCAGGCUCUACUGUUGACUUGCAAAUCAAUCCAUAUUUUCAGAUAAAAUGUCUGAAAGAUUCAGAUAUUGGCAAAAUAAGAAAACGCGAGAAGAGAUUUAUAUUUACACUUAUAGCAGUCGUAUCAGCAGUGGUGUCCGUCACGGCAGUGGCGACAUCUACAACGUUAAAGGUUAUACAGGCAAAAAGAGGAUGUUUAUAUUAUCCAAGCGUUUGUAAAUUAAGGGAUGAAAUUAAGAAUACUUUAAAACCAGAAGUGGAGAGGUUGAAGCAAACUUUUUUGUCAAAAUAUGGGGAACCAGAAAAGAUAAAAGAAAAUGUCGAAAAACACAUAGCUUUGAUCUCAGAUAUAAACGAGGCUGUCACCACAAUCAAAGAAUUGCAUAUAAAAUCCAAUUCCAGUCUUUCUGAGCUUACAAUACGUCUAGGUUCUCUCACUAUGGAUGUUUCAGGUGUAGCCAAUCUACUUUCUGAUUAUAAUGAAUGGCUAAAUGGAACAAAAUUACAAGCGGCUUUCAGCAUCAUAGGGCUUGAAAUAGAGUUAGCAUUCACUCUAGCUACCUUACCCUCAAUCAUCAGUUCAGCUGCCUCGGCAUUAACGGCUGGACUCGCCAUUUUUGCAAGCGUUAUAGCUAUUGGGCUUGCAGUAUUUGAUAUUAUCUCUAGCGUGCAGGAGGAAAGACGCAUAAAAGAUAAACUGUUGCAUGCAAAAUCAGAAUAUGUAAGGGCUCGAAGAAAUCUGAAAACAGCACAUUCACAAAUGAUUGAAUUACAAAUGCAAUUUUGUGUAAAAGUUAUCAGCUAUCUUCGACAAUUUUCAAAUAUUGGAAGAAAAUACCACAAAUUGUUUUCGAAUUUAUAUAAUAAAAUUGUUUCUAUUUACGGUAGAAGGGGGAAUUGUGCAGAUGAACGUAUUUAUUCUAAAACAAAUAGGAACGUCUUAGGUACGUUAUUAAAUUAUGUGAAACCACUUGCAAAAUAUCUAGCUGACAAUGUUAAGCAACUUAAAGAGAAAAUAAAAGAGGUAAAGAUAAUUACACAGUUUCUUAAUGAAAUUGCCGAUAGUGUUAAAGUUAGAAAAAAGCAACCGUCUAAGAUAUUUGAAGAACUGAAAGUGUAUGGAAGUUAUACGUCGAUUCCUAAACCCCUCUUUUCGAACUUAUUUGAACUCUUAAGAUAUAUAGCAAAAGAUAUUUUACCAAAUACUGAUUGUUACUGGGGACAUGAUCUAAAGCUUUUAAGAUCGGGGAAAAGAAAACAAUACAAUUAUUUAAAUUCGCCUAUUUGCCCUAGUCCUGAAAUUAAGGAAACGGUACAGGUUAUUGAAUCUGGUGUCAAAAACAUAACAAAUCCAUGUCUGAUAUUUAGACAAGUGAAAGGCAGUGUAUUUCGAAGUAAAUAUUUAGUUCUGCGAUUUAUCGCAGAACAUAUAAUUCCUACAUCAAAUUGCUACUGGGGAUACAAUCUACAAACUAUUCGACAGAAUCCAAACCCAGUUGAACUUGAAAUGGUAAAAAUAUCCUCACGGCUUUUUACAAUGCUUAAGAUCUUUUCCAUUGCAAAGUUAACGUCAGAUACUGUGAAGUAUGCAAGGUCCUAUUUGUGCUCCAGUUCUUUGAUUUGUGGCGUAAAUUGGCAAUCAUUUGUUCUGUGCUCUGUAUGGAAAGAUUCAGUAGAUCCGAAGGUUUUGGAUUGCAAAGGAAUGUCCCUUUCUGUUCAAGAUAAAUACUGUGUUCCUCCAAAAGGCAAAUUCCAAGAAUGCAAGUAAAAUUGGCAAACUAAAUGGAUAUGCACUUGAUGAAUUUUUCAAUUGAUGAAUUUGGGAGAGAUAUUCUUUUGAUACUACGUAAUUUAUUUAUAAGCAUUAACCAAACUCGCAAAUAAGCAUACGUGUAUAUGUAGUUGUUUUAAGAAUGUUAAGUUAAGACAAGUAAAUUCCACUUUGAGCAUAUAUUUUUUUCUGUCUUUUUAUCUUUUCAAUUUUUCGUCAGUUUAUACUUGUUUCUAACAAUUAAAGAAUUAUAAAGAUACAGACUUGUUUGUAUUGCAAAUCUAAAUGAUUGUGUAAUUUUUUUCUCGAAAAUACAUGGAAUAUGCACAAUUUAACUCUGUUUUUAUUAGUUAUAAUGUUUGUACUAUCAAGCCUCAUAGGCUUACGAGGGUUGUCCCAAAAUUCCGUAGACAAGCGUUGUUUUGUAGGAACCGUAUGUCAUACAUUAAUGAAACUUCGUAUAUAGAUUAAACCAACACUAUCUAAUAAAUUUAUUGACAAAUAUGGAGUAACUACACAAAUGAUUCCAAUUUAAAAGACACAUUUCAUUGUU